AUAUGUUGUUGAGGGAGAGAGAAAGAGUGAUGGGGACCCAUUCACCGCCCAUAAGCACGCAGUCUUUCUGCAAACAAAUCUAGUUUGGAUCUGUCUUUCUCAAUAGAACCCUAACCCAACACUGCUUCUCCCAAAAUAGAACAACAACCUUCGACCUGUUCUUUCCUUCUUCACCUCUCAAGGGGAAGGAACUCCAUUCAAAGCCCCACCAAUUGAACGUUUGUAGAGGAACCAGCUUCAUGUAGAAGUCAAUUAAGGUCAAAUCUCCCCAUCACUGAUUUCAAUCUCCUAUUCCAUCACCACUUGGCAUCACCAAAUCAACAACAUCUUCAACAACCAAAGCAGCAAGAGAAUCAGCAGAGCUCAUAUAUAACACAUAUGCAGAUGAAGUACUAAGUAGAGUUAAGACCUGCACAAUCCUUAUCUGUAUCCGUAGCGACACUCAAUUAUACAUUGAAGGAUAGAAUCAGAAUGGAUCCAAUCACAGCACAUGGUCACUCCCUUGCCCCUUCUUUCCACCCAAGAGAUCUCCAUCUGCACCAGCCGCAGCAGCACCAAUUCCAAACCUUAAACCAACCCACCGACGACGAGAACAGCGGAAGCAGCAGCGCGCAGAAGAGGGAGCGCGAAGAGAACAACGGCAACAACAACGAUGAAGGUGCAGGUGAGGCUGAGAUAACAAGGAGACCUCGCGGGAGACCAGCCGGCUCCAAGAACAAACCCAAGCCACCCAUUAUCAUCACUCGCGACAGCGCCAACGCCAUGAGAACCCACAUGAUGGAGGUGGCAGACGGCUGCGACAUCGUGGAUAGCGUGUCUGAGUUCGCCAGGAAACGCCAGAGAGGGGUUUGCAUCCUGAGUGGAACCGGCACAGUGACCAACGUCACUCUCAGGCAACCGGCUUCUUCCGGUGCGGUUGUCACUCUCCAUGGAAGGUUCGAGAUUUUGUCCCUGAGUGGAUCUUUCCUUCCGCCGCCUGCGCCACCGGCUGCUUCCGGUUUGACCAUUUACCUGGCCGGUGGGCAGGGACAGGUGGUGGGAGGAAGUGUGGUUGGGACGCUGGUUGCUUCGGGGCCUGUGGUGAUCAUGUCUGCUUCCUUCAGCAACGCUGCUUACGAGAGGCUUCCUUUGGAGGAUGAAGACCCUUCGCUGCAAAUGCAAGGAGGGUCAAUUGGGUCACCCGGUGCAAGUGGUGUUGGUCAGUCACAGCUUCUUGGAGGAGGAGAUGCAACUGCUCCACUUUUCCAUGGUUUGCCUCCUAACCUUCUCAAUUCUGUUCAAAUGCAAUCUGAGCCAUUCUGGGCACCCAAUCGCCCACCACACUUCUAGAGUCUGUUUGGAUAAAACAACUUAAUUCAAUAAAUUCUUGCUCAAUCAACAAGAGUUUAUUGCUAAAUUUGACUUCAAAGCUUAUUCCAAUGAGCUCAAUAGUAGAGGUGGUAAGUAAGUUACAUGUUAUUUUCAUAAGUUCAAAAUAAUAUCUUCCAAUUCUCUCAUCAUUGUCGCCAUCAGUUUCUACAUUGCUGUUCUCUUCAAUGUAACAGUUAGCUUUUGUGGUGGCGGUGGUGGUGGGGAGGGACAUGGGAAGAAAUUCAUUUAGUUAGGGAUGUUGAAAGUAGGAAUCGAGGUUUCGUGCUUCGAUAAUUUGUGUGUCAUUUUGAUUAUUAGGAGAUAUAUAAUGUUUUCCUUUGCAUGUUUUCGAGACUGAAAUUAAACCGAUGAUGAAUUUUUAUAUCCCUGGUGAGUUUAAUUCCGUCAAUCACAAUGGGGUGCUCGUGUUUGUCUCGUGAUUAUAUGUAUCAUCCAUCAGUUUCUAGCAGCAAAAACAGUAACAGUAAUGAAUGUACGACCACAGUUUUUGUGGUUUCAGUUUGA